AUGGAAAACGCACAAACAGGCGACCUCAUUGGUGAUAAAAAGACAAUAACAAGCCUAAUGAAGCCCACUUCAUUGAUGUCGGGGAGAUUAAACCCUUUCUUUAUACUCAUGGCUUCUGUAAUGCUGAUCCUUUCGAGUUUGUUGAUCCCUUUAUGGAUUAUCAAACUCCAAAAGAUUGAGCGUGAAGUGGAUUCGAUCAACCGCAAUGUCAGCCAGAGGUUCAUGUCAGAAAUCAAAACCAUUACAGAGUUACUAUACAAUAAUCCAUUGAAUUCAACCACAACUAAUUUAGCUACAAUCUUAAGCUCAUCUAUUGAAAACCAUGAUGUGAACUCUUUUUCCACCAUCCAAACAAAGGUUGCCCCUGCUUUAUUUCAAGCACUCUUAACAGUUCCAUGGCUGUCUAGAGUCUUUUAUGCCGGACUUGAUGGACUUUUCUUCUCUUAUUACUACAUGGGCGAUGAUCGAACUACACCGUUUGCUGUUUACUCAAAUUCAUCGAACAACUUAACAUGCCAGACAUGGUACAGUCAGCGUGUAAAUCUCGACAGUGGGAAGCUAUAUGGAGAUGCCAUCGGCAUUUCUUAUAAUAAUGUUAGCUGGAUUCAAGAAGCUAUAGUCAAUAAUGCAAAAGGGUAUGGUUCCUCAGGAUAUAUUUGGAACAACCAAGAAGAAGAUCACGAUGAUCUCUUAUUCAUGAGCAUAGCCGGUCUCAAGAACAGAUUAGGAGCUGUUUCUUUAGGAUUUUCGGUGAAUUCACUGACCACGAAUCUCUUGUCUGGCUCCGGAGUUGAUUCUAAUGGAGGGAAGUUGUUCUUGUCAACAAUAGAUGGAAGAGUUCUUAUUCAAGGGAUUGCCAACUCCAGUUUGAUGGUCGAUGCCAGCCAUGAUUACUCUGUUUUGUUUGUACCGAAUAAUGGCAAUCGUCGUAACAUGAUCAAUUGUGGUAAUGAGGAAGAAGCGUCGUUGAUAAUAUGGGGAAUUGAAUAUGCGGUUUAUUGCUCUGCCAUCGACAUAAUUGGCGUGAAAUCUGUUUACGCAGUACUUCUGCCCAAGAAGAAUGAAGGGUUUGUUCAUAAAAAUGUGGAGUUGGCAAUGGUUACUGUAAUAUCAAUGAUUGGGGCAGUGAUGGUGUUGGUGAUUUUCUUCAUAGUAGUAAUGAUGAAAGCAGGAAGAAGAGAAAUGUUUUUAAGUUCAUCUCUUAUAAAGCAAAUGGAAGCAACUCAACAGGCAGAAAGGAAGUGUGUGAACAAGAGUUUGGCCUUCACAAGCGCCAGUCAUGACAUAAGAGCGUCGUUGGCAGGGCUUAUCGGUUUGAUAGAAUUCUGUCGUGAGAGAGCCUCGUCUGGUUCGGAAUUGGAGAUGAAUCUCGUGCAGAUGGAAACUUGUGCCAAGGAUCUUCUUACAAUUCUGAAUUCCAUUAUGAACAUAAGCAAGAUCGAGGCGGGAAAGAUAGAGUUAGAAGAAGAGGUUUUCAGCAUGGGUAAUUUGCUAGAAGAAGUUGUGGAUUUGUAUCACCCGGCUGGUAUGAAGAAAGGCAUCGAUGUGAUUUUGGAUCCGUGCGAUGGCUCGAUCUCGAGAUUACAGUAUCUUGUUAAAGGCGAUCGAACUAAGCUUAAACAGAUCCUUUGGAAUUUACUGAACAAUGCAGUUAAAUUUACUAGCGAAGGACAUAUAGUUGUUCGAGCUUGGGCUAAAAGUCCUAGCCUUGAGGAACCAGACAUGUUCUCUUCAUGCACGCAAACCAACUCCUUUUGUUGUUUUUGCGUAAACAUCAAAGAUGAAAACGAAAAUGAAAAUGAUGUUGGUUUACAGGAUAGUCGCCUUUUUCGUGAUCCCAAUUGUUGGGAGUUUGUGAUUGAAGUUGAAGACACUGGCCAAGGAAUUCCUAAGGAGAAACAGAAAUUUGUUUUCGAGAAUUAUGUUCAGGUUAAAGAGACGGCUGUUGCACACCAAGGAACCGGUUUAGGGUUGGGUAUCGUUCAAUCGUUGGUAAGGAUAAUGGGCGGAGAGAUAACUAUAGAGGACAAAGAUCAUGCAAAUUAUGAAAGUGGGACUUGUUUCAGAUUCAACACUUUCAUGACAUUGAUGCCCGAACUCGAACCAGAGCCGGUAAGAGGAGGACCACUGUCAUCAAGCAGCCCAAAACUGGAUCAGAAUUCGGUGGUGGUCUUGUUUAUUCAAAGCAAACAGAGACAACUUGUGAUUGAGAAAUUCAUGACAAGUAUGGGAAUCAAAGUUUACUCAGUAAAAGAAUGGGAAAACUUUCCUCAUGUUGUAAAGAAGGUGAAACAGAAGAUGAUGAUCAGUCAUUUAACUUCUUCGGGAAGAUCUGAAAUGAGCUCUAGGAUGGACUGCAUGAGUAGCCUCAGCACGAAGAUGAAGGAAUUCCCCUUGAGUUCAUUAAUGGACGGAAGAGACGAACCACACACAACAUUAAUACCCAAUUUCGUACUACUAGUAAUCGACCCAAGCGGAGGACGGUUUCGCGAUCUGAGCAGGGCGGUGGCGGAGUUCAGAAGGGACAUUCACGAAUCUCGUUGUUGCACGAGAAUCAUCUGGUUAGAUAAGCCAGGUGAAAGCAGCAUACACUUGAAGGGACUAGAUGAAGACAAACUCCCUUCAACCGAUAUGAUCGUGUACAAACCCCUUCACGGGUCGCGACUCCAUAACAUCAUCGCCCUUCUUCCGGAGUUUGGUGGCAGUGUUCAGAGGAAUACUAAUGCUUUAGGGCGCGCAAAAGGAAUUACUGAAAUACAACAAAAACAGGAGGAAAAUGAUGAUAAAGUGUUGACGGGGAAGAGAGUCUUGAUUGUGGAGGAUAAUGGAAUGUUGAGAAUGUUAGCGAAGAACAUCGUUUCCAGUCUUGGUGGAAUGGUGGAGGUCUGCGAUAACGGGGAGGAGGCAGUUGAAUUGGUUUGCAAGAGGCUGCUAAUUAGUGAUGAUCAGAAGUUGGACUACAUUCUCAUGGAUUGUGAGGUCAGUAGUCAAAUACUCAAAUAUAGCUAGAUAAACUUGUAUGAUAAAGAUUUCUAAGUAUUAAUGUUUGAUUAAUGCAGAUGCCAAUAAUGGAUGGAUUUGAAGCAACUGCAAGAAUAAGGGAGGAAGAGAUUCGGUAUGGUGUUCACAUACCCAUCAUAGCAUUAACUGCUCAUACAAGAGAAGAAGUGAAAGUGAAGAAGAAGAUGUUUGAAGUCGGGAUGGACUUCCAUUUGAUCAAACCAUUGACAA